AAAUGCCUCUUGUUGAUUAUGAUGGUGGAGAUUGUUUAUUAUCAAAUGUUGGAUUUGAUUAGAGAAAGAAUUUUAUAGUUAAAGUUUAUAGUUUAUUAACAAUUUAAUUAUUAGUCACAUUUGGUAUGGUGACUGUAGCAUGUUUUUCAUAGGGAUUUAGAGAUCUUUUGAUUAAUCCUUAAAGUUAUCAUGCAACUGCAUUUUAUUGGAGUAUGUUUGCAGUUUCAUUUGUGACCGAAAUAGCAAUAUUUUGUUUUAAAAAUGUAGCAAGAAAAGUAUACACAAUAUAUAAUAUUAUCAAAGGUUCCAAAUAAUUAUAUUGCUUUAACUAUAUUUACAAUUAGUUUUUCUUUUGUAGUUGCAGGAUCAUGUGCAGUAUGUAAAGAUGCCUUUGAAAAUGGAACUUAUUAAUAUUAGUUAUUAGGUUAUUAUGAUUAAUAAUACUAUUAUUAUUAAGGUGGGUAUUAUUAUUGUGGUUAUUAAUAUGAUUAUUAUUAUUAUGGAUACUAUUAAGGGUAUUGUUGUGGAUAUUAUUAAGGGUAUUAUUACUAAUUUUAUUGA